CGUGGAUUUUACUGUAGGCUAUGAUACACAUAGUGAUAUCCUUGACCGUCGGUUUCCCUGUUACUGUUUCUCCUGGAGCUCUGUCAUCAUCUUUGUGUCUCGUUGCAACUGGCUCGGUCGCACAGCUGUUUCUCCAUGCAGUUAAAAGACUUGGAGCCAAGACCGCAUCGCUCAGAGAAGAGAUACGACGUGGUCUAUCAGCCACAAACCCAUCUGAGAACCAUAACAUUCCACUUCGCAAACGCGCCUUUCAUACUUCCGCGCAGCGCACUGCCAUCAUUCGACCUUGACGGCGCUACGGAACAAGACGCAUCAAAUGAAGUGGAUGCAUACACUUGGUGGCAGUUGACUGGCGAAACUCCGCCAUAUACCUAUGAGGGAUUCCAGGAUUAUGCAUUAGCUUAUAUUGCUAAUGCAAUUCGUGCGGAUGGUCCUUUCGAUGGCAUCGUGGGCUUUAGCCAAGGUGCUGCACUUGCUGUAAUGGUCGCUUCUCUACUCGAGCCCGGUCGUAGAGAAGUGUUCAAGCAGGCGAAAGCUACCGGCGGAAUGCGCUAUCCUUCAGCUUUCCAUGGCGACUACACUGCUGGCCAGCCACCUCUCAAGUUCGUCAUCCCGAUCAGUGGAUUUGCAAAUCUGGAGAAUCCACUGUACAAAGCUUUCUACCACCCGAAAAUCAGAACUCCAUCUUUGCAUAUUCUGGGAAGGACGGAUGAGUUCAUCAAACCGGAGAUGAGCCGGAAUCUAAUCAACUGCUUCGAUGAUCCAGAGGUUCUGUUCCAUUCUGGUGGUCAUCGCGUGCCUCAGAUCGAUGACCUGGAGCGCGCAGAUGGACUAUCUAAAUUCUUGAGAGGCAUUUCAAACCAAUGA